GGUCUUGGGUCGGGCUACAUGUUUAAUAACGCCUAGUUCUGCAACACCACCUUUUAAUGGUGUGAUGGGUGGCAGCAAGGGGUACAUUCUUUUUUUGCCCUUUGGUCCGAAAGUAGCUGGUGAUCCAGCAUCCAAUAGGAGUCGGGUAACAAGCAGGAGGACCCUAAUCGUACAAAGUACAGUGGCUAAAUAACGUUAGCACUCAGAAAUAUUUUCCCCCCACGCAGUUGUGGUUAAAACUUCUGUCUUCAAGAUGGACGAGGAUAGAGGGAAAGCAACCGACCAACUGAAACUAUGGAAAGAGGGCCGAAGCGCUCAGAGGCCAGACAAUCUGACCACUGGUGCUGGUCACCCGAUAGGGGACAAGUUGAAUAUAAUAACAGCGGGUCCCCGGGGGCCCCUCCUAGUGCAGGACACCCCGUUCAUAGACGAGAUGGCCCACUUUGACCGCGAGCGCAUCCCAGAGAGGGUGGUGCAUGCCAAGGGAGGCGGAGCUUUUGGGUACUUUGAGGUGACACAUGACAUCUCUCGCUACUGCAAGGCCAAGGUGUUUGAACAUGUGGGCAAGACCACACCUAUCGCCAUUCGCUUUUCCACCGUGGCUGGGGAAUCAGGCUCAGCUGACACAGUGCGAGACCCACGUGGCUUUGCAGUCAAGUUCUACACUGACGAGGGCAACUGGGACCUUACUGGCAACAACACCCCCAUCUUCUUUAUCAGGGACGCCAUGCUGUUCCCAUCCUUCGUCCACUCUCAGAAGCGCAACCCCCAGACUCACCUGAAGGACCCAGACAUGGUGUGGGAUUUCUGGAGCCUGCGGCCUGAGUGUAUGCAUCAGGUGUCCUUCCUGUUCAGUGACCGUGGUCUGCCCGACGGCUUCCGCCACAUGAAUGGCUACGGAUCCCACACCUUCAAGCUGGUCAACGCCGAGCGUCAGCCCGUCUACUGCAAGUUCCACUACAAGACCAACCAGGGUAUCAAGAACUUGAAGCCUGAGGAUGCCGAGCGCCUGGCCUCCACCGACCCGGACUACGCCAUCCGAGACCUUUACACCUCCAUCGCCAACGGCAAAUUCCCCUCCUGGUCAUUCUACAUCCAGGUCAUGACCUUUGACCAGGCUGAGAAGUUCCAGUGGAACCCCUUUGACCUGACCAAGGUGUGGUCUCACAACGAGUACCCCCUCAUUCCCGUGGGGAGGUUGGUGCUCAACAGAAACCCUGCCAACUACUUUGCUGAGAUCGAGCAGCUGGCCUUUGACCCCAGCAAUAUGCCCCCUGGCAUCGAGCCCAGCCCUGACAAGAUGCUGCAGGGGCGUCUGUUCUCCUACCCAGACACACACCGCCACCGGCUGGGAACCAACUACCUGCAGCUGCCCGUCAACUGCCCCUUCAGGACCAGUGUGUCCAACUACCAGCGAGACGGGCCUAUGUGCAUGUUGGACAACCAGGCUGGCGCUCCCAACUACUUCCCCAACAGCUUCAGUGCUCCAGAGACCCAGCGACAGCACGUGGAAACCAGGUUUAAGGUGUCCCCAGAUGUGGGCCGCUACAACAGCGCUGACGAUGAUAAUGUCACACAGGUGCGUACCUUCUUCACCGAGGUGCUGAAUGAGGAGGAGCGCCAGAGGCUCUGUCAGAACAUGGCUGGUGCCCUGAAGGGGGCCCAAGUCUUCAUCCAGAAACGCUGGGUUCAGAAUCUGAUGGCUGUGCAUGCAGACUAUGGGAACGGGGUUCAGACCCUACUCAAAAACACUGAACCCACGAAGGACACUGUGAGAGUGUACACCCGUGGAGGUGCCUCUACCAUCGCUGCCUCCUCCAAGAUGUGAUGCCUUAACUUCCACCUGGGGGCAGUUGCAUUUACCAUCCGCUAUAGAAUAUCUUACUACCGACCGUCCGUAAAUGCUGUAGCUAAUUAAAAGGCAAGCUAUCAUGAUUGUUUUUGUAAUUCCUCAGGCUACCUACUGCACAGAUGACUAGAGAGACAGCAUUGCUGUCAGUUCUUACAUGUAGUUUUCUGUCCAUUUUGCCUAAGUUCACACAGAAAUGAAUAUAGUCAGACUGCAGCCCUAUGGGAGAAGAUCUGUCCCCACAUCAGUCAAAUACAUAGACGCUAUCUGAAAAGCUGUGCAUUUAUUCAGUUUAUAGUAUAAUUUUUAUUCCAUUGGCAGUAUAUUGUUUAAUCUCUUUCCCAAUUACUUAUUGUCUGUGUAUCCAUGCCCCAUCUAUGCCCUGAUAGUUAGCUUAAACAGGUAUGCGUUGGCUAGCCUAUAUGCAAAAUAUGACAUUUAUUCUAGUUAAACAAACCACCAAUGUCUUCAAAUAAGGUUCAUAAUUAUUGUACAGUAUUUAGCAGUUUUUAAACUUCUGAGUUUUCUUCAAAAAGACAAACAAUUGCUUAGGCCUUCACCAUAUUUCUUGGUUAUAUUAGAAAUUGUUUCAAGCCAACGACCGGUGUGAUUCAGUCAUGAAUUAAGUCCUCGUCCUCGCAGCCAAAACAACAAAGCAGUGCCUUUUUGGGUUAGUCACAAAUACCUAACACCAUGGCAGGAUCAGGGCUUUGCCUAGACUUUUAAUCACUAUAUAAAAAUGGUCAUGUACUAAAUGUUUUCUGUAUAUUUGUGUAGAUACUCUGUACCAAAAUUAAUCACUGAAGAGUUGUGGUUUGGUUGAGUCAGGGCUGGGGAAUUAAGAAGCACCACUGUUUCCUGUAAAGGAACAGUCCUUAUCUAUUCUCACAAGCCUCCAGACUCGAUUGCUAUGUUGCAUCUCAUCACUGUUAGUGUUUCUGUGUAAGGUAGCAUUCCCGCUCAUAUCGCCCGUGAAGUGAUUUGUUAUAUUAACAAGAAAUUGUGAACAGCUUUGAACCACAAAAUGAGAUGCUAAUAAAUCUAAAAGUAAUGAUA